GGCGCGGGAGCGCGCAGUGCCGCCGUUCCCCUAGCCCCGCCUGCUUGCUCCGAGCCGCCGGCGCCCGCCAUGGCCCCCCGCAUCCCCCAGCAGGGCCCCGGCCCGCGCCUGUUCACCUGGGACGAGGUGGCGCUGCGCUCGGGGGGCGCGCGGGAGCGCUGGCUGGUGAUGGAGCGCAAGGUCUACGAUGUGACCGACUUCGCGCGCCGCCACCCGGGGGGCCCCCGGGUGCUCAGCCACUACGCGGGCCAGGACGCCACGGACCCCUUUAUGGCCUUCCACAUCGACCAGGGCCUGGUGAGGAAGUACAUGAAGCCGCUGCUGAUCGGGGAGCUGGCUCCGGAGCAGCCCAGCUUCGAGCCCACCAAGAACAAAGAGCUGACGGAGGACUUCCGGGAGCUUCGGGCCCAGGUGGAGCGCCUGGGGCUGAUGAGGGCUGAGCCCGGCUUCUUCGUGCUCAGCCUGCUGCACAUCCUGCUGCUGGACGUGGCCGCCUGGCUCACGCUGUACCUGCUCGGGACCUCGCUCGUGCCCUACCUGCUCUGCGCCGUGCUGCUCGCCACCGUGCAGGCGCAGGCUGGCUGGCUGCAGCACGACUUCGGGCAUCUGUCUGUCUGUGGCACCUCCAGGUGGAACCACUGGAUCCAUCACUUUGUGAUUGGCCACCUGAAGGGGGCCCCCGCCAGCUGGUGGAACCACCUGCACUUCCAGCACCAUGCCAAGCCCAACUGCUUCCGCAAAGACCCCGACAUCAGGAUGCACCCCAUCUUCUUUGCCCUGGGCAAGAUCCUCUCCGUGGAGCUUGGGAAGCAGAAGAAAAAGCACAUGCCCUACAACCACCAGCACAAGUACUUCUUCCUGAUCGGGCCUCCUGCUUUGCUGCCUCUGUACUUCCAGUGGUACAUCUUCUACUUUGUCAUCCAGCGGAAGAAGUGGGUGGACCUGGCCUGGAUGCUCAGUUUCUAUGUGCGCGUGUUCCUCACUUACGUGCCCUUGCUGGGGCUCAGAGGCUUCCUGGGCCUCCUCUUCUUGGUCAGGUUCCUGGAGAGCAACUGGUUCGUGUGGGUGACCCAGAUGAACCACAUCCCCAUGCACAUCGACCAUGACCAGAACAAGGACUGGGUCUCCACCCAGCUCCAGGCCACCUGCAAUGUGCACAAGUCUGCUUUCAACGACUGGUUCAGCGGACACCUCAACUUCCAGAUCGAGCACCACCUUUUCCCCACCAUGCCAAGACACAACUACCACAAGGUGGCACCCCUGGUGCGCUCCCUGUGCACCAAGCAUGGCCUGGAAUACCAGUCCAAACCCCUGCUCUCUGCUUUCGCCGACAUCGUCUACUCUCUGAAGGAGUCCGGGCAGCUCUGGCUGGAUGCCUAUCUUCACCAGUAGCAGCAGCACCCCCAUGUGGACGGGCAGCCUCUGAGCGGAAGCCUGGGGAGCUCCCGGGAAGAAGCCACAGCCGACUGGGGGGUGGGGGGGGCAAGGCUCAGAGACUCAGACCCCUUGCUGUCUCUUCUGGGGAGAUCUGAGCCGCCGGGCAGGGUGGGGGCAUGUCAGCACAUGCUGUGUGAAGGUGGGGUGUGGGGUUCUGUUAGCUGGGUGGCACGGGCAGGGGGGAGGCUCCAGGCGUCAGGGAUGGGUGCAGCAGCCCGGUGCCACCCAGGUUCACUCACAAGUCACUUCCAGUGCCUUCUCCACCCUUGGGCGCCAGCCUCCCUUCUCCACAGGCUGGAGCAGCUUCCUGACAAGCAGGCUGCCUUAGCUGCUACCCAGCUCCCUCCUCAGCCUCGGGUGGUACCCUAGGUCAGCCUGAGGUUCAGCCCUGGGUGGCUGUGUGGGUGUGUGGCCUGGGCACACCUCUUCAGCACCUCAGCAUCUAUCAAUAACAUGUUCUGGACACUCGGGGAGAGCGUGUUGGACCGGUGGGAGCCCCGACGGUGACAGGCUGAGGUGAUUAUAAAGGCUCCUCACAGGCAUCGUGAGAACUAGCUUGGCUGGGCAGUACCCGGUUUAAACUUCGGGCACAAGAAUGCUGCAGAAACUGGCUCCCACUACCAUCCUCACCCGCUUGGGUGUGAGGCCAUAAGACUGUCAAGCCGUGCAGUUGCACCCUGAGCAAGGCAGGUUGAGCCAAGCCCCAAUUUCUAGAAACUUCCUCAGAACAACUCUACCACCACCACCGUGGCCUUCUCUUCUUAGCCCAGCCGGGAGUGGCCUCACAUGGCCACCACGGGACAACCCUGUGACACUUGGGCUCAGACGGGUCCCACAUGGCACCUUCAGUCACAGCUGUGGCAGGACUGAUGUUUGAACCUUAUUAUUAGGGUCCCCGACUGCUAUGUUUGUAUCUUUUCGGCUUUCCCACCACCUUGCUGGCGAUGCUUCCUCUGAGCAGGCCCGGCAGCAGCACUCGUGUGUACGUGCCAGUUUUGUUACCACAUCCCAGUGAACGCUGAGAAAUAAAAGUUUGUUUGGACCAGA